CUCCGUGGGCCAAAAUGUCAAGCAAGACCAAUCGCGCGAACCGUUUGGAGGCUGAAAUUGAACGUAGCAGAGAAGAGUCCAAUUGGAAAAAGGUUAUUGAACUCGCUGAACAUCUCAAGUCUCGAAAUCAGACAGGUUUAGAAACCCUUGCAAACUUCCUCAUUGGUGAGGGAAAGCUCGAGUCCUAUCUAGAAGAGAACCCUCCAACCGAGGCCAAUGUGCACCGGGCGAAAACAGGCCUCUCUGAUGCCCGCAGAUAUUUACUCAUGUGUAUCGGGGAGCCAGCAAAGAAGCUGGAGGUGUCCUUGGAUGCCCUGCUCUUGCUGGCUAAGCUGGAGUAUGCCAUGGGGGACUACGAGGGGGCUCUCAACCGCCUCACUGCGGCUGGACUGGACCAGCUCACCGAGAAGGCCCUCCCGACAAGAUCUCUGCGCAUCGUGGCUGAGUCUUAUGCCAUAAAGGGACUAUGCUCGGCGCCUCAACCCAGAAAAAGUUUAGGCUUGGAAAAGGCCCCCCUACCUAACAACAGCAAGUUCCAGCGUGCUGAGAAAGUUGAAAAAAUGAUUCGCUGUUUCGAACUGGCCGGAGACCUCACGCUUCUCUACCUUCAGGAACAAGAUAAGCUGACGUCAACACCCUCUACCCACUCCCUGUACUCUGUUCCUUCGGUCUCCACUACAAAUACUACAGGUUCAACUUCUCCACUGCCUCCCAAUGGGCUGGAGAGCAAGAAAAUCGGAGUUAUUUUGGAGACUGCUUUACAAAGAGCUCCUAUUCUGCACAUGAAGGCUGGCCAGCUGGACAAAGCUAUUAGCAGAUACAGGAGUAUGCUCUCAGCAGUGGAGUCCACAGCCACCCAACAUCUUCGGUUGACUCUUGCUAGACAGCUUGCCGAAGUCUUACUAAGGGGCUGCUCUGAGCAUGCUUAUAAGGCACCUAAUCAGGACGAAAGGAGUCGCAGCAGUUCAAGUCUCAAAUCCGGAGAGAGUCCUUGGAAGCCCCAGAAGUACACCGGCACCAACCUCUUUGUACCAAAGAACAUUAAUGAGGAGAUCAUCCUACUUCUGCUUAUUAGUGAGGCCAUGGCAGUCCGAGAAGCUGUCCUGAGCCAGUCACCGGAAUUCAAGAACGCCAGGGUCCAUGCCUAUGACAAUGCAACGGCAGUGUAUGAUCUUCUCUGCAUAUCCCUGGCAAGAAGAAAGCAGCAUCAGAUUUUGAUUGAGGUGUUUGAGCGAGCAAUGAAGUUCUCGUACGAGGCAAGCCAUGUCUGGCAGCAGUUUGCCUUGGCCUUAGCAUGUGGCAGGAAGUAUGCCAGGGCGCUCCUCGUAUUGCAGGAAGUCCAUCGCCUCAUGCCAUCAGAGCCUCACUAUUGUCUGAUGGCCGCCAAGAUCUGCUUCCAGCAACUUGGCAAGAUUGAAGAAGGCCUAGAGUGGGUAGACAAGGCCCUAAGGUCAGCCGAGGAGAGAGCCAGCGUUCUCACCGCCAGAUGCUAUUUGUAUCAUGGCCUUGGACUCACCCUGGAGGCUCAUCACAAGCAACGCCACGCUGACUCCCAGGCACUGCGAGCAAAGGCUUUGGAGUCUUUUGUGAGAGCUCAGCAACUUGACUCCAGUGAUCAUCUGGUUGAGUUCUACCUUGCCUUACAUUAUGCCCAGAGUCGUCAUCUGGUUGAGGCAACCCACCAUGUCAAGUUGGCUCUUUACCUGCGAUCAGAACACCCACAUUCCCUUCACUUGCUGAUCCUUCUGCUCUCUGCUCAGAAGGAAUAUGAGGAAGCUCUUGAACUAGUGGAAGCUGCAUUAGCUGAAUACCCAGAAAACUUGCACCUUCUUUAUGUGAGAGCAAGCCUGGAGGAAGCAGUUCAUGGAGGUGAGGUGGCCCUCCUGACAGCACGCCACAUGCUGAGCUUAUGGCAAACGCUCUACAAGGACCAGCUGAUGGGUGACAUUAGUGAUGUCCAGUCCCAGAUGCACACCAAUCAUGAUACUUACAGUAUCUUCAACAUGUCUGAUAAGGAUGGUGCAUCUGUACAUGCGGAGAGCGUUGCUGCUUCGCGUGUGGAACAGGCGUUGUCAGAGGUUGCAUCUUCCCUCUCGUCGUACCAACCAAAACCAGGACCUCAGCAAGCUUGGCUCCUUCAGAUUCAGAUCUGGUUACUUACGGCUCAGCUGUAUCUCAAGACUGAUCAGAUAAAUGAGGCAGCUCAGUGCUUGCAGGAAGCUUCUUCCAUCUUCCCUAUGAGUCAUCAUAUACUGUUCAUGAAAGGGUUGCUACAUGAGAAGAAGAACGAGUUUUACGAAGCCCAGACAUGUUAUCAAAAUGCUCUGGCCAUUAAUCCCUAUCACUUGAAGAGCCUCCGACACUUGGGAGGUCCUGGGCGAGGUGAUGGCCAGCCUGGGCCAGCUGGACGCCUCGAGCAAGUGCCUGGCCACCGCCAUCGAGAUCGAGGCCAAGUCGCCGAUCCUGCCCUUCACCUCCAUCCCCUUCUGCUACGAGUGACGAGGCCCAGGGCGCGCGCCUCCUGCUUCCCGCUAGUUCCUGUUGCGUUCGGGCGCCGGCUGCUCGUGGCUCGCCCUCCUCGGCAGGCGUCGAGGCCCGCCGCCCCCUCUCCGCUCCCGUCGCCUGUCGCCUUUGCAUCCCUUUUCUUCCUCCUCCUGUCUUCCUCCUUCUCUUCCUCCUCCCUCUCCUCCUCUUCCUUAUGCUCUUUCUGCAUAACCUUCUCUUCUUACUGCUUUGUUCCCUCUUCCCUGUUCCAUUGCAGCCCGUCAGCCCACGACUCCCGCCCGGUGUGCUCGCCCGCCCUCUCCUGUACCCUGUACCUGUGAAAGAGAUACACAGUUUGAUGUUGAAUAUGCCAUGCCUUAGUAGUGUGUACAGAUUUGUACAUAUUUCUAGUCAAGGGAAAGGUACAACGCGAGAAAGAGAGAGAGAGAGACAAAGACAGAGACAGACAGACAGACAGACAGACAGACAGACAGACAGACAGACAGACAGACAGACAGACAGACAGAUAGACAGUCAGUGAGACGAGUGAGUGAGUGAGUGAGUGAGAGUAAGUGUCGCAAGGAGGAGCGAGAGCGGCGUAAGGAGGGCAAGUGUGGGGCCGAGGGCGUUGGGGCGGGAACCCGACUGUGGACGGCAAUUAGGCCCAGGGAGGGAGGGGGGAAGAGGAGGGGGAGGCGAGAUAGCCACAAGCAACUGUCUGUGCUCGUAUUGUCGCCUGUGUUGUUGUUAUACAGGUACACACACCAUAUACCACAUUACAUCACACUAACACUACACUACACUGCACCACGUCCCACUACACCAUGUACACUACACAUGUGUAUGUAUGUAUGUAUGUAUAUCCUACAUAUGUAUUGGAGCAUUUUAUCGAAACUGGAGAUAUUUUUAUGAUGUAGUAUGUCCUGAAUUUAGUUAAAGUAUAUAUAUAUAAUGGAAAUAGUCUGUUUAUAUUAGUGUGUAUAUCAUUGGUAUUGUACAUUUUAUGGUACGCACAUAUAGCAAGACAAUGAUAUUCCAGGUGACCCUCUUCUGGCACUGUGUCAGAUUAUUCCUGUGAUGGUUACUGUAAAAACAGUAUUAUGGAAUUUGUUAUCAAGUUGUAGGAUAAGUGGCGUAUUAUACUUACAUUGCUGCAUAUUAUAAUUGUGAGAUGACAAUGAUAAUAUAAUAAAACAAGUGUGUCA